CGGCCCCACCGCCCCGUCUCCUAGCAACGGCGGCAGCGCGCGAAGUACACAAGAAGCACCUGAAUUUUAGUCAGAAGUCAAGAUGCAGGUGAUGCCUGAGCCUCAGAUUUCUGUGGAAAAAACUCUGGCCCUCAUCAAACCAGAUGUCAUUGAUAAAGAAGAAGAAAUAGAAGAUAUCAUUCUCAGAUCAGGAUUCCUGAUUACUCAGAAACGGAAGCUCCAGUUAAGCCCAGAGCAAUGUAGCAACUUUUAUGCAGACCAAUAUGGAAAAAUGUUUUUUCCUAAUUUAACAGCCUAUAUGAGUUCUGGACCUUUGGUUGCUAUGGUUCUUGCCAGACAUUGUGCAAUCUCAUACUGGAAGGAGUUGCUUGGACCAUCAAACAGCAUAAAAGCUAGGGAAACUCAUCCUGACAGUUUAAGAGCAAUCUAUGGCACUGAUGAUCUGAGGAAUGCACUUCAUGGCAGUCAUAACUUUUCCUCAGCAGAAAGAGAGAUUCGAUUCAUGUUUCCAGAAGUGAUCCUGGAGCCAAUUCCAACUCGACAAGGAGCUGUGGACUACUUAAACCUUUAUGUAAAUCCUACUUUACUAGCUGGACUCACUGCACUUUGUAAAGAGAAGCCAGCAGAUCCAAUGACUUGGCUCGCUGAAUGGCUGAUUGAACACAAUCCCAAUAAACCUAGGUUACAACAUCAGACUGUUGAGGCAGCGCCUCAAGGGUGAAUGCUCAGGGGAAACCAUCUCCAGCAUUCCAAGUUAAAGAUAUGUAUUAGCAUUUCCAUUGCAUUUCUUGGAUAUGUAAUUAAUAUUAUCUGGCGUAAA